AUGGCGACGCUCUUGCGUAGGCCGCAGAAUCUGGCGCGCUCAUCACGACAGCUGCUUGAAGCUGCCUCGCUGUCCAGAGCACUCGCCUCCCGCCCUGCCUGUCUUCCGCGACCGUCGUACGCAUACACACACGUUCGAAGUCGGCAGUACUCAACCGAUCCCAAGCAGAAUGACGAGACGCCAGGUGAGCCGCCCAAGGCCAAGGGCAUGGAGCAACUCUACUCCAAAGAAUCGCCCAUGUCGUCUGGACCACAGCCUCCAAACCAGAAACCUGACGGGAAGAAUGAUGCGCCACUUCCCGGACGAGUCAAGCUAAAUGCCCAGGAGAUCAAGAUGAUGGAGGAUAGCUUCGCACUUGUCAAGAAGGGCAUGCCUGCGUUCAUGACCAAGGACAUCGAUUCCGCGUUGGAGCGUAUGAAGCGCGAAGGCAUUCCUUCAGAGCUAAAGGAGACGAUCGAAGAGGUGCAAAAAGAAGGCAUGUCGCCCGCAAGAGCAGCGAAGCUGUGGCGCAUGGUGGCUCAGAUGGCAAGGCAGACCGCUGAGGCCGAGUUCAAUGAGAAAUUCGGUGAGGCGAAGCAGAAGACUGGCGACGACCCUGGGCCGGCGGGUGCGAGUGCGGGUGGGGGUGGAAAAAAAGAGGACGGAAAGAAGAAGGGCAAGCAGGGCGACGACAUGUUCAAAAACGUCACCGAGAUCAAGUUCGACCUCUCAAAUUUCCUGGUGUCAAGUUUCGUUGCAUAUCUGCUAUACCGACUGGUGGUGCCAAGCGAGAACAGUAGAGAAAUCACAUGGCAGGAGUUCCGGAAUACUUUCUUCGACAAGGGCCUUGUAGAGAAGCUGGUGGUAGUCAACGGGAACAGGGUUCGGGUAUACUUGCACCGCGAGAGCGUCGCAUCAAUGUACCCCGAGUCGCCUGCAGCACAGCAAGGAUUCUUCUACUAUUUCAGCAUUGGCUCGGUUGAAGCAUUCGAACGGAGGGUGGACGAGGCACAGAAUGAACUUGGAAUUCCUGGAUCGGAGAGAAUACCUAUCUCGUACCAUGAAGAGGGUAGCUGGUUCAACACCGUUCUCGCCUUUGGUCCCACAUUGCUUUUCAUCGGCGCCAUCUUCUACUUGUCGCGACGAGCAGCUUCUGGAGCUGGUGGUGGACAAGGUGGCAUCUUUGGCAUGGGUCGGAGCAGAGCCAAGAAGUUCAACCACGAGACCGACAUCAAGGUCAAAUUCUCUGACGUCGCCGGAAUGGAUGAAGCUAAAGUCGAGAUUAUGGAAUUCGUCAGUUUCCUCAAAGAGCCUGGCGUUUACCAAAGGCUUGGUGCUAAAAUACCACGCGGUGCUAUCCUUUCUGGACCCCCUGGUACCGGUAAGACCCUCCUGGCCAAGGCUACUGCAGGAGAAUCUGGAGUACCUUUCUUCUCCGUCUCUGGUUCCGAGUUCGUAGAGAUGUUCGUGGGUGUUGGGCCUAGCCGUGUGAGAGAUCUGUUCGCAAACGCCCGGAAGAACACACCUUGCAUCAUUUUCAUCGACGAAAUCGAUGCCAUCGGCAAAGCACGAGCAAAGCAGUCAUUUGGAGGUGGCAAUGAUGAACGAGAAAGUACGCUUAACCAGAUCCUUACUGAGAUGGAUGGUUUCAACACAUCAGAGCAGGUGGUUGUACUUGCAGGUACGAACCGAGCCGAUGUGUUGGACAAGGCGCUUAUGCGACCUGGACGUUUCGAUCGACAAAUCGCAAUCGACCGACCAACUAUGGAGGGCAGGAAGCAGAUUUUCGGUGUGCACUUAAGAAACAUUGUCACAAACGAGGAUCUGGAGCAUCUCAAGGGUCGUUUAGCAGCUUUGACCCCUGGUUUUGCUGGUGCAGAUAUCGCCAAUUGUGUCAACGAAGCUGCUCUUGUUGCAGCUCGAUCCAAGGCGGACUCUGUCACCAUGCAGCACUUCGAACAAGCUAUUGAGCGUGUCAUUGGUGGCCUCGAAAAGAAGAGCUUGGUGCUCACUCCAAAGGAGAAGAAGACCGUCGCAUACCACGAAGCUGGCCACGCCAUUUGUGGUUGGUAUUUCCAAUACGCAGACCCUCUCCUCAAGGUCAGCAUCAUUCCUCGUGGUCAAGGCGCACUUGGAUAUGCUCAAUACCUGCCCGGAGGUGGUAAUGAUGCUGUUCUUAUGAACGUGAAGCAGCUCAUGGAUCGCAUGGCCAUGACAUUGGGUGGUCGUGUGAGUGAAGAGCUUCACUUCGACACUGUCACCAGUGGUGCAAGUGACGACUUCAACAAGGUCACUCGCAUGGCAACUGCUAUGGUGACUAAGUGGGGAAUGUCAAAUCUUGGAUACAUCUACUAUCCAGACUCUUCCGAAAGCGCUGAAGCUCAGCUUCAAAAGCCAUUCUCAGAGGACACUGCAAAGGCAAUCGAUGCUGAGGUCAAACGAAUCGUUAAUGAAGCAUACAAGCAGUGUCGUCAACUCUUAGAAGAAAAGAAGCACGAGGUCGUCAUUGUUGCGGAAGAAUUGCUGUCCAAGGAGAUGCUCAGCCGGGACGACAUGGUUCGACUACUUGGCCCUAGGCCAUGGGAGGAUCCAGGCGAGUUCUCCAAGUACUUCGGUGGUGGUCCCAUGGGCCCAGCGCCGGGAACACCUGGAGCUGAACCCGGUUCUAUCGAUCAGCCAGGAGGAGGCAACCUGCCUCCACCUUUACGCGGUCCUGGUGGUGAGGAACCAGCGCCUACGCUUUAUCAGCAGUUCCAGAACAGACCGAGCCAAAGAUAGAGGAAGUAGAGGAGGACGUUUCCUGUUGAUGAGGGCAUCUUCGAAGGUCUGGGCGAUGAUUAUCGCGAAAAGUUUGGAUGGGGUUGUUGCUUUGUUUUGCUUGGAGAGCUUCUGAGACUUUUGUGUUGUUUGAUUGAGUGACUUUUGUU